AUGUACAGUCUUCUACUAUUCGUUUUCUGUCUAAAAUCAAUUUUCGCCUGCAAUCUUACCCUUUCUGGCACUUUUCCUCAAACUCUGCAAAUCCCGCCAAAUUGCAAUCAAAACAUCCCAAUCCAGUCAGAAAAAUCGAUAGAGUUAGAAAUUCUCUGUGGAGCAAGUUUGGAUAUAUCUCUCAUAGUCAAUUUUGAUGGGGAAAAUCAAGUGAUUUAUCAUUCGAGUGUAUAUACAGAUUGUGAACGACAUAAAAAGAAUUCGACAAUUUGGAGGGCUCCAAAAAAUACCGGGAUAAUUAUUAGAACGCAAGCUCAACUUUCAACUAAUGAGGAUCAGGAUGAGAAUUCUGUAGAAACUGUUAUUUAUGAUAAAAAUACUACGAUUAUCGUGAGAGUUACGGAAACUUCGAAUAUUUGUGCGUAUCCAAUUGUAAAAAUCGAAGCCGAAGAAACAAUUAUUCAAAAUGAGGUGCAAUUUGACAAUCUGCAAGAUUGUGUUUAUCGAAUUGUACCUAGUUUGAACUCAAAUUUCACAAACUUCAACAAACUUCGAAUAUAUUUCAAUGACUCUAAUCCAGAAUCUGAAGGCAUUCAAUAUUUCCAACGAAUCUAUUAUGGAGAUCAAGAAAACAAGCCACAUGUGAAAAAUAUCAAAACAAAUAGCAAGGAUUUUAUUUUAGAGCCUUUUGAUAUUCUGGUAAAAAAGUAUAUGAGCCCGCCGGAGAUUUUGGUGCAACUUUUUAAUGAGCGUAAGUUUUUUGCGCUUUUUAAUUAGAGUUUGUGAGAUUCUUUAGUGAAUUACUGUUGAAAAUAGUUUUUACUUUUUAUGUAUAGUAAAGUUUGUGAGGGCCCAAAAUUAUUUUUGCUUUUUGAAAAAUUACUAGUAUGUGCCUACCAACUAUUUUUUGCCACUUCAUAACUUAUUUUCCUUCAAUUUUCCAGCAUGUCUCUAUGGAAUCGAAACCAUCAAAAUCCUUCCUAAUCAAAAAGUUACAACUCGAGAAAUCGAAAAAGAUUUUUUGACUCACUGCAGUUUUCACAUAACCACUAUUUUGCGAAUUGAAAUUAUCGAUAAAAAACCGGAUGAAUACAUUAUUUUCGAUCAUAAUAUUCAAGUUCAAAAAGAUCGCAAAUUUAUAUUGGCGCAUUUGGAAAAUCGAGAACUUCAAGUAAUGAAGUGAGAGCCUAUCCAUGUGCUUUUUUUUCAAAUUUCAAAACAUUUUCAGCGAGUUUAAUUGGCAAAGUACAGCUGCUUUUAACACGACUGGAUUAUAUUUUGAACUAAAAGACAAUCAUGCAUUAUAUAUGGUGGCUUUGAAGAUUCUACGCGUGAAAGUUAAACCAGGAUGCCCGUAUUCCUUUUAUGAUUCUCAGCGAAUAACAGAUAAAGGUUUGACAAAAUUGGAGAUUCCUGGAUAUUGCGAAACUGUAGUUUAUCAUUGCCGAAUUCAUAAUCCAUCUAGACGAUACAAAUAUAUCGAUGUUCAUUUAUGGACAAACUCGAGUCAUUCCGAUGAUGCAGUUUUGAUUAGAUCAAAUGAUAAAGGAUUUAUCGCACGUCACGCAAAUAUGUUUGAAAAAGACGGAAGAACGGGAGCUACGACUAGUCGAGAUACUGAUAUUUCAUUUGUUCGAUUGAAUGGAAGUCAGGAGAAUUCGACGCAAGUUAUCUUCAAAUGGACAUUCCAAAUUAGUAAGACCGUUUCGAGAAAGGGUUAUAUUUUUCAAUCAUAAUUUCCUUGUAAAGUAUAGUUGAAAAUAGUGACCCAAAAAAUCUUGUCACGUCUCAGCUCAUAAUCUCUCAAAUUGUUAUUCAGAUUGCGAAUGUCCUGGAAUCCAAUAUAAAUUCCUGAAACUCGGAGACAAGAUUAAUGUAACAAGCAUUAAUUUUCCUGAAACAUAUUGUACAAAUAUGCAAUGCGUGAAUGCAUUCGAAACAGAACACGGUGCAAUUUUCGAACUUCAUCUUAAUCACUUCGAACUUGACACAUUGGGAGAUCAUUUAUCAAUUUAUAAUAGCUCGUUUUCGUUAAAUGAUAAUUUGGUGGAAUUUUUGGAUGGCCAGCAUAACUUGGGAUUUGUCAGAAGUCCGGGAAAUUUUGUGAAACUGGUUUUUGAGUCGGAUAGAAGAAGACCUAUUGAAAAGAAGAAUUUUGGAUAUAGUAUUACAAUUGAAGCUGUGAAAGAUUAUACAACUAUAGGUUCAAAUCCAGUAAUGACUUCGACUGAGGUCAUGUCUGUACCAAAAUCUGGAGGAUCAAAUGGAUUCAUAAUUUUAGGAUUUACUUUUUUCAUAGUUUUGUGUGUUGGUGGAAGUUUUGGCGUUUUGUAUAAGCUUGGGAAGUUGGGAUUUAUUUUGGAGAAAAUCAGGCGGUAA